GGCCCGAUGCUGUCUCUCUCCCUGCCGGUGCGGAGGGGGACGGACGGAGCAUCUCUCUCUCUCUCCAUCUCUCUGUGUCCAUCUCUGUGCGCGUGCGUCUGCUCUGAUCUAGAGAUAUCGGAGUCUGCUGGGAUAACCGGUGAAUAUCGGCUAAGGAAGGGAAAGAUGAUGAUGAUGAAAGAGUAAAAAGUGGGAGGGAAAAAAAACCUGGAGCGCUUGUGAACGCACUCAGCACGGUUUUUCCUGCAGCUGCAAAGUGCGCUUUCCAGCCUGAUUCGUCGGUUUGUGCAGCCGCCUGGAGGGUUUGGUUAGAGCACCUGCUCUGAGGCGCAAAGCUCUCUCCUUACAUUCCUGAGGACUGAACAGUAACGCGCAUCAUCUCUCAUAUACGCAGGUCCAGGAUGGUGUUAAGUCGGGCUGCAGCUGGGCCGCAGAUCUUUUUAGCUCUCAUGCUGCUACUCUCCUCAGGCUCUGGUGCAGCGUCCUCCAUAGUUAACAUGCGUAGGAUUACCCAUCCUCCAGUUCAACAAAUGCUGGCAGGCAAAGCCGUCCUCCCCUGUGUCUUCACCCUCAGGACCAGCUCCUCCGUCGAGCCUCCACACCUUCUGUGGACUCACACCAGGCCACCACCAGGAGGGCGGGAUGCUCCACUGGAGAACAUAGUACUCUCAGCUAAAGGUGAUGUAAUCAAGGUGAAUAAGGCUUUCAGUGGACGUGUCAAACUGCCAGGAUACGCUGCCAAUCCUCUGAAUGCUACCAUGGAGAUCUCCGGUCUCCUUACCAACGACUCAGGAACUUACCACUGUCAGGUUGUGGUGGGCAGCGACUAUGAGAGAGACACUGUGCCUCUGCUGGUCUCUGGAGUGGUGUUUCACUACCAGGCUCCAAACGCUCGUUAUGCCCUCUCCUUCAACGAGGCCCAGCGUGCCUGCCAGGAAAACUCGGCUCAGAUGGCAUCGCCAGCCCAGCUGUGGGCGGCGUACCGUGACGGUUUGGCCAGCUGUCCAGCAGGAUGGUUGGCCGAUCAGACUGUCCGAUAUUCGGUCCAGCUGCCAGAGCUAGGUUGCUAUGGACACACGGAGUACUCUGCCGGAGUCAGGAAUUAUGGGAAGAAAGACCCGAAAGAGAUGUUUGAUGUGUACUGUUUUGCUGAAGAACUUGAUGGCGAAGUGUUUCACACCUCAGUCCCAGGGAGACUCUCGCUGUCUUCAGCCUCAGACCGCUGUGUGUCCCUCGGGGGCCAGCUGGCCACAGUGGGGCAGCUUUAUCUGGCGUGGAGAGCUGGUCUGGACAGCUGCGCCCCAGGCUGGCUUUCUGACGGCAGCGUCCGGUUCCCUGUUGCUUGGCCUCGCCCAGAAUGUGGAGGGAGUCAGCGGGGAAUCCACACCCUCGCACCCAACACCACUGCUGACAACACUACUGCAUUAUAUGAUGCCUACUGCUACAGAGGUAAAGUGAAGGAUGCAGGCCCCAUCUCUGAGAUUUAUUCCUCCCUGUGGAAGCCCUGGAGCUACCUCACAGGGGAUGCUGAGUCUGCAGACCCAGAAAGCUCCAAUGUGACUACCCAGCAAACCACCACGCUGACAGAUUCCUCUGAAAAAGACAGAGUUUCUCCUUCCAAUUGGACAGGACUGGUUGACCUGGAAGAAGAGGAGUCCACUAACAAGAGCACUGUGGAUCCCUGGUCUUCAGAGUCAUCAGACUCAUUUGUGACCCUCCAGCUCAUCCCAGGGCAGAGCUCCUUUGACUGGGGGGAGCUGGUGGAGCCUGGGCUCGAUUCCGAGGAGUUGCUCCAACCUCCAGUUCACCCAACGCCCGUGGAGAAGAAGGCAAUUACAAAAAUUGUGAAGUCAAUUUGGAAACCUUGGAACUAUCUGAUGGGAACAGAUGAAGAGGAAGGAACCAAAGUUCCUGGUGGAUAUGAAGGAGAUGAGGAAAUAACAACAAAGCAGACGGAGAAGGAGCCCAAACAUUCCAGCCCAGUGUCUCCAGGUCUAUUUUCCUGGAGUACUUCAUGGUUUAGCAGCCCCCCUGCAGAGUCUACACCGUCUAGGGAAGAUUCUCCCACACAGACGGCCUCCACUCUUACUUCCUCAGGUGACUCUCUGACAACAGAGACCUCCGCAAGCUCAGAGAUGUCCACCCUCAGUCCUUCCAGCUCUUCAUCUGAAUUCGCCAUCUCCAGCAAAGAAACCUGGGUCAGUGUUCAAAUGGAAACCACCACCAAGCUGGCUGACAAGAAAGAGGAGACUGUGACUUAUAAAGCCAGCGGCAGGGGGGGCAGAGGGAGGGGGAAGAAACACAGAGGGGAGGAUAGGAACAGAGGAGAAGACAGAAGGAGAGGAGAGGAUAGAGGGAAAGCAGAGGAAGAAGGGAGUGGUGAAACCAUUGGUGCUGAGGCAAAAGGAGAGAUUCAGGUCUCACGGCGACCUGCUGAUUCAAGUAAACCAAGAGAGAGAUCCAGAGAGAGAUCCCGAGAGAGAGGUCAUAGAAGAGGACAGUCCACCACUACCACUACUUCCACUACCACCAGCCCUCUGGUGACCACAGAGAUCACAACAGCUGGGACUGAGGAGGACCCUUCUACAUCCAGAGAGCAGAUUACUUUAUUAGCAGCAGAAAACUCAUCUCUAUCAACUCCACAAGAACAAGUUCAAACCCAGUCAUUUUCUCCAUCACUCUCGCCAUCCAUGUCAUCUUCUCAAUCACCAGAAUUCCUAUUAGAAUCUGACCUAUCCCCAUCCCAUGCCUCUGGCUCCUCCAUCCCACCUCAAAACACCUCUCCCUUAACGUCCUAUACCCAGGUCCCACCUUUAUCUCCCUUGCCAUCAACACCGGAUCAUCCCACUACUCAGGCUCAAACCACAGGACUGGCUCCUUCACUUCAGGCAGAUAUCAUAGACAACUCCAAUGACUCCCUAACGUCCUCCCACUUGGUCCCAGAGGAGAAGGUGUCUGUCAAUGGCUCUCUGGAUUAUCCACUGUCUCUACUGGGACCCCAGGAUGAUGAGGAGUCUGCCUGGUCUCAUGCUGUGGGCUCAGGGAACCUCUUACCAAGUGUAACAGAUGAAGAAAGCACCCAAGGAGGAGUAGGAAGCAACAUCAGUACCACAGCUACCAGUUUGUCAGUUGAGGUGGAGCCCUGCGUGACUAACCCCUGUCUGCACGGAGGAAAAUGCCUUCCCCAGGGGACGGGCUACAGCUGCUACUGCCCACAAGGAUAUGCUGGGGGAAACUGUGAAAUCGACAUCGACGACUGCCAGUCCGAACCUUGUGAAAAUGGAGGAACUUGCGUUGACAAGAUCGAUUCAUUCCUCUGCCUCUGCCUUCCGAGCUAUGGAGGAGACACGUGUGAGAAAGAUGUUGAAGGUUGCGAACAUGGCUGGAGAAAGUUUCAUGGCCACUGCUACAGGUACUUUAGCCAUAGACAUACCUGGGAGGAUGCAGAGAAGGACUGCAGGGAGCACAGUUCUCAUCUCAGCAGUGUCCUCUCCAUUGCUGAACAGGAGUUUAUUAAUGGUCUGGGUCACGACAACGCCUGGAUUGGUUUAAAUGAUCGCACAGUGGAGGAGGACUUUCAGUGGACAGACGGCAAUGAUCUGGUUUAUGAGAACUGGAGGGAAAGCCAGCCAGAUAACUUCUUUGCAGGCGGAGAGGACUGUGUGGUGACCAUUGCCCAUGAGGACGGCAAGUGGAACGACGUGCCCUGCAACUACAACCUGCCCUACAUCUGCAAGAAAGGCACAGUGUUAUGUGGGACCCCACCAGCAGUGGAGAACGCCCAUUUGAUAGGUCGGCGGAGGUCGCAUUAUGACAUCCAUUCAGUGGUGCGCUACCAAUGCUCUGAGGGGUUCUACCAACGUCACAUCCCAACUUCACGCUGCCGGGCCGACGGCAGCUGGGAGCGUCCCAGGAUCAUUUGCACAAAGUCUCGCCGUUCGCACCGGUACAGACGUCACCAUCACAACCAGCACCACGAACACCGCAGGAACAGGAGGCACGGAGGAGAAGGCCACAAAGCCAGAGAUGAUGUUCACAGCUACUACUGAACCAAAUAAUACAGCAUCUGCAAUGCCUAGGUGCAAACCAUGGCUCAUACAGACAGAGAGUAGAUCCCAUAUACCUGCUUCCUCCCUUGCUGUCAGCUUAGCUUUUACUACUUUUGAUAAGGAUAUCUCUAACAUCAAGCUAACCUCCAAUGUCCUUUCUCCGCGUUUGAUUGUUUUGAUGCUUCUUUUAACUGGGCUGCAACCUUCUUUGCCUAAAUAACAAUAAUCCUCUCCUUAUCUGUCAGAGUGACAUCACGGUGUAAAUAUGUGUGAGUGUAUGCAUGUCAGAUGGAAACUUAGAGAAAUUUCUUUUUUCUAAUUGGAUUUCCUUUUCUUCUGCGUUGAAAAUAAUCGUACCAGUGUUCUGUUCACACAGACGGCUGCGAUGCAAGCUAGCGUGCGUUCCUUCGUAACCCUGAGCUGUUUUGUGUGUUUGCUGUUAGCUGUUGCUUUUUUCAUUAAAGCUCUUUAAUAGGUGCUCUGUUCUUGUUUGUUUUUUCGCACUGAGAGGCUUUUUCUAAUAACUGCUUUUUGUGUAAUGUUACUAUUUAUUACGGAUGAUCUGCUAGUGAAAGCUAUUUCUUUUGUACUUACACUCCAGGAAGUCGAUGUAACACCAUUUUCUUUCUAUGCCAGUUAGUAACAAAUCCUUUGAUUUCUUCUAAUCUUUGGUUUGUAAAUAUGUUCUGUGUUAUAAGCUGAUCAAUUGCUGGACUUUGUCCAAAGCAACCCACUCAGAACAAUGAAAUGGAUUUGGCCCAUAGGCUUACAGUGGAUUGUGUGGAAGAGAGCCGGAAAAAGCUUCAGAUAAAAACUUGAUUGUAUCAGAUUUGUUCAAAAACUUGAAUCCUUGGACAGCUGUAUUUACCUGAUGGGUAGGAUGUCACUGUUUUCUCCCUUUGAUAUUUGAUCAGUCAUCUACUUUUUUGGUGUUCCUAUGACUUUUUGUCUUGCUGUUGUAUUUCAUUCUUAAUAAAGUGAAUAAAAUGAAAAGACAAACUUCA